AUGGCGUGGAGAUUCAAAGCUUCUAAAUAUAAAAAUGCAUCUCCCAAAUUUCCUAAGAAAGAGGAAAUUAUUACAGAACUCCCAGUGACAGACGUAACUCAGUCAUGUGGAAAUCAUAUCAAAGCAAGUUGUGUUUACUCUGCAUUUAAUAUAGACUCUGCAGGAGGAGGAAAUGUAGGCUUUCUGCCACAUUCUGCCAUUGGAAGGCAGGGAGCUUCUCUGCCAGUCAUUUAUGCUCAUGGAGAUUUUGUGACUGAUCUCGAUUUCAGCCCAUUCGAUGAUUACCUUUUAGCAACUGGAUCCCAGGACAACAAGGUAAACCUGUGGUUAUUGCCUGAUGAAAACAAUGUAUGCUCCCUGUCUGAUCCAGUUACAACAUUACCUGCAUUUCCUCGACGGGUGGAAAAUGUGCUGUGGAAUCCUCAGGCUGAUGGAAUUCUAGCUGUAACCUCAAACACAACAGUGAAGAUAUUCAAUGUGACGGGAGCAGCUGGCAGGGAAGUGUUUGAUUUUUCUAACCAUGGAGAUCAGAUUCAGAGUGUUUCUUGGAAAGGAGAUGGAUCACUUUUGGUCACCUCAUGUAAAGACAAGAAAAUCAGGGUCAUAGAUCCCAGAGCAAAUUCAGUCGUGCAGGAAGGGUCAGGCCAUCAAAAUGUCAAGGACUCGCGUGUGUUGUGGCUCGGAGAAAAGGAAUUUAUCCUGUCAACAGGUUUUAGCCAGGCAAGGACUAGAGAAGUACGAAUUUGGGAUCCUCGUAACUUGGCGUCAUAUCUCACAAACAUGGACAUAGAUUCAUCAACAGGAACGAUCAUGCCUUUCUUUGAUCCAGAUACAAACAUGACAUUUUUAAUUGGGAAAGGGGAUACAACUCUGAACUUUUUAGAAUUUACAGAGAAGGAACCGUACCUAACAUCAGCUGGUGUUGAUAGAACAGAGCAGAUCAAGGGGGCGGCUCUAGUUCCUAAAAGAGCUGUGGCUUUGAUGGAUGGGGAAGUUAACAGGCUCUUGGUUUUGUCUCAGCGGACAAUUACACAUGCUCCUUACAUUGUACCACGGAAGUCUUACAGGGAUUUCCACUCUGAUCUUUAUCCAGACACUCAAGAUGGAAUUCCAGGACUUUCUGCUGACCAGUGGAUUGCUGGACACUCUGCACAAGUAACACGGAUCACACUGCAGCCUGGAAAACAGUUGAUCAGGAGAGAGAGACGAGGAUCUCUCAUUCAUGGAUCCCAGCCAGACUCCCGUUCUCAGAAAGUUGUGUCAGGUCAGAAAACAGACAAGGAAAAGAAUGGAAAAGUUCCAGCUGCCCAGAUCACAAGCAGUAGUGACUCAUUACCAAAGCAAGAAAAGGUCAACCAGGGGAAAGACAGUCACUCAGUCACUUCCUCUUCAGUUAAAGAAGAGGUCAAAUUAACAACACAGAAGCCAAACCAAAACUCACAGUCACCAGACAAGAAUUCACAGAUACCAGACAAGAAUUCACAGAUACCAGACAAGAACUUGCAGACACCAAAACCUGUUAAGCCAUUUGCAGGUAUCAGACAGUCCAAGUUUCGACAUAUCCAAGGCUCUUUGCUCCACCCCAGCUCUUUCAUCACCAACAUCAGAAAUGUAUGUAAAACAAUACCAGGAGAAAGUAAUGUAUUUGCUGCAAACACCAGCAGAUGUGCUGUGCCCAUUGAUGGCCCUGGGGGCUGUAUACAGGUUUUUGAGUUUGAUCAAGCCUGUCGCCUUCAAGACACUGGAGUUCCUGUUUUACAAAAUGGCAGCAAGGUGACAGACUUUGCCUGGGAUCCUUUUGAUAACAGCAGACUUCUUGUUGCUCUUGACAAUGCCAAGAUUAAUGUAUGGAGAAUUCCAAAAGGGGGGAUAACAGAGGAGCUUGUUGAUGAGCCUGAAUUUUCUCUCAGAGGUCACACUGAGAAGAUAUACUUCAUCCGAUUCCAUCCCCUGGCAUCUGAUUUGAUAGCUACUGCAUCGUAUGACAUGACAGUUAGGCUUUGGGACUUGAAGCAACAGAAAGAAGUAAUGAGACUUGAGGAUCAUGAAGAUCAGGUAUUUUGUCUUUCGUGGAGCAGUGAUGGAAAGUUCUUUGCUACAGUUUCUAAGGAUGGCAAAGUUCGUGUUUUUGAACCACGUAAAAGUUCUUCAGCAAUCAGGAGUGGCCCAGGCCCAGAAGGAAGUAGAGGUGCAAGGAUUGAAUGGGCACUUCAGGAUAGGUUCCUUGUGGUCUCUGGGUUUGAUAAAUCCUCACUCCAACAGUUACUAGUCUAUCGCUCAGAUGAGCUCAGAGUGCUCCAUCGUGUAGACGUUCAUGUUUCCCCAGCCAUUUUGGUGUCUCAUUAUGAUCCUGAUACCUCAGUUCUAUUCCUCUCAAGCAGGGGAGACAGGAUAAUCUACACAUUUGAAGUUGCUGAGGAGGAGCCCUACCUGUUUGAGUGUGCACCUUUUAAGCUAGAGUCGGUGCACCAAGGUGUGUCAUACUUGCCAAAACACGUCUGUGAUGUGAGAAAAGUGGAAGUGGCUCGAGCCUGGCGACUGACAUCUAAUAGCGUGGAGGCCUUGUCGUUCACUGUUCCUCGUGUGAAGCCAGAAUUUUUCCAAGAUGAUCUGUUCCCUGAUACUAGUGUCACAUGGGAGCCUACUCUUACAGUGGAGCAGUGGCUGGCAGGAAAUGACAAACUUCCUCGGAAGAUUUCCUUGAAACCAGCAGACAUGACAGCCCUGAGUGUUGCUCCUGUUGAAGCACCAAAAGUGAAGAAGUUUGAGAGCUACAGUGCUGACACCUUCAAGACAGAUGAACAGAGGAAAGAAGAACUGUUGAGUGCAGUGGUUGGUAAACUGGAGAUUUCAAGUGAGCCACUGCCACAAGACUUGACUGAAGGUGUCGAGGCUGAUGAAUGG